AUGUGGAUAUUGGCAAUUUUACUCUCAACAUUUUAUUUUACAAUGCAAGCAAACUGCAAUAAUUACGAUGGGAAUUUAAUUCAAAUUUCAUGUUCAAACAAGAAUAAUCAAAUAUUGAAAGCACUUUUAGUUCCAUGCCCGACAUCACAUUCAAAAUGUAUAUCACAUGUGGAAAUAAGAGGAUGGUUGAAUGCAAACGAGAAACGUGAAACUUUUCUGCUGAUUGAUGAAGUCUUUGACCUGAAAGAGCAAAUAAACUUGCCACUUUUACAUCCAUAUCUUAUUCGAGUGUCAGCUAGUGAAACUAUUGCAUCGUUUCCAUUAAAUUUGGAGGAGAUUGUAGACGUGUCUUGUAGUGGAAAUGACAUGAAAAGGAGGGAAGCAUAUCAACAUGGUCAUGAUGGAAAUUUAAAUGAAGAUUUCUUCCAACAAACCGCACAAAACUAUAAUAAUUUAUUAAAUGCCAUAAAAGAGGAAGAAGUUGCAAUUAAAAAAGACAUUCAAAACUUCGUACCUCGAGAUAAUGGAACAUCUGUACGAAAUGAACAUGAUUUACUGCUUUAUUUUGAGGAUGAUGAUGAUAUUACUAAAAUGCAACCGAAAGUUAAUUUGAAAAAUGAUGAAAAUGUGCAACGUCAGCAUGAAAACAAGGGGAAAUUAAAAGCUCAUGAAAUCAAAUUUAAAAUGCCAUUUUCAUCGCAUGAUGUUGCACAUGUACCUGCUUUCAACCAUUUCAAUCCAAAUAGAAAUAAUUAUCAAUUAAAAUUCAGCGGUUUUCCUAAUGAAAUGGCAAAUACCACAGACCAAAAUGCGAAUGGCAAUUCUGAAAAUUAUAAUUAUGUGAGUCAACAAUCGCCCAAUUCAAGGACCAAUAAUGGAUUUUCCAUCAAUCAGCGUCAAUUUGGUGAAAAUGUUAGAACGACAGGUGUAAUUAAUCAUCAUCAUUAUGAUGAUUUGUUGGGUCAUGACACGAGAGAUCAAGCAAUGAAAUCAUCAAUGAAUGAAAAUAGUGAUUAUGUACCAAAUGUGAUAGAUGUACGAGUGAAAAUUGGAAAUCAAGAGAAGCACAUUGAACCGGGAAAGUUUGCUGCUGAUAGUCAACGGAAUGAAAAUCAAUUAAGCAGUUUUGCGAAAUCUCAGAACGAUAAAUCUACGGCGAUGAAUUAUAAAUUUUCAUUUGAUGACAAUCGAACGAUUCCAAUUGAUUUAUCGAUAAAGGCUAGCAGUGCAUUUAUGAAUGAAAGAAAUGAUAGCGGAGAUGAUGAUGAUGAUGAUGAGGAUGAGGCUAUAUUCAGUGCAACAAAAGACAAUGAAGAAAUGAAUGAGAAUCUAUCAAUGGCAUCUUCUGCUGGUCAUCAUCAUCAACCGUACAACAGUAAUAGCAAUAAAAAUAAUGAAAUUGAUUCCACUGAGGAUGAUAUAAAUACAUUGAUUAAAAAUGAAAGCAGCAUCGAUGAUAUGCAUGAAAAUGAGAAUGAGAAUGCAGAUUUAAAUAGAUUUCGGAGAAAUAUUGAUGAGACUACUUCAACAAAUGAACGUUUGCGAGCACAAAAAUACUCAGUUUAUAAGCUCGACUCACCGAUGUAUGGAAAUGAGAUGAAAAUUCAAAUUUUUCGAAUGAAAGGUGAAACUUGGGUGAAAAUUCAUCCAACUGUUGAAUUAUCAAACACAAUCAAAAAUUACCAAAACGAAAGCUUCUCAAUCGAACUUAAUGAGCGAAGUGAUCAUUCAGAGCUUUUUGACAGAAGUCACAUGAGACUGCUUACAUCAAAUCACGAAGAUCCGCAAGAGCAUUCCAUCAUGGAUUUAAAAGGCGAUAAAAUUGAAAAUCUAGAUGAGAAGAUUAAAAAAUCAUUUUGUGGCAUCAAUGAGAAGCAAAAGCGUUCAAUCAUAAAUCUCAGCGAGACUGAUUUAAUGCCAACUAAUGAAAAUGUAAUCACAAAAUGUUCAACAGCAUUGAAUGCUGAUAGAAAUUGCUUGAAUUUGAGGGAUAAUGAUGCGAUAACAUGGAGACUAAAUGUCGUGAUUCCAUUUCAACACAACGAAAUGCUCGAUAAGCGUUUACCAUUUGUUAAAAUCUCGAGCAUUUAUAUCGACACAUCCGAUGGAAUCAACAUGUUUGCACAAUUUGAAAUCACUAGUAUGGAUCACUUUACUAGAUAUUUCAAUUUAUCAUUAAGUCAUUGUGAUAUACUUGAGCAUUUAAACAUUUCAAAUUCAUUUGAGCUCCCACCCGGGAUGUCUGAAGUUGUGAACAUAACAAUGGCUGUACCAUUUUAUACGAUACAGUAUAAAGACCAAAAGUGCAAAGUCAACAUAAUGGCUAUCGGACGAAACGACAAUGUCAUUGUGGCACAGAGGGAUUUCCAAAUAAGUCCAAGAAACAAACGAUGUUUAUGUCUUUGGAUGUGCUCUUGCUUCUGCUUUGAUUACUUUCUCACUGUUGAAUCCAAGGACUUGUGCAAGACGAUGUCAACGAGAAAUGAAAUUUAUGCUGGAUUCGUUGAUGAUAAGAAUUAUGAUGAGGACGUUGACGAUGAUGUUGAAUUUUUGAGUGGAAUGAUUUCAAGGAAAUUGUUGAUGCUGCUUCCGUUUAUGGUUAUGCUGAUUGUUUUGUUGAUGGGAUGCAUCAAAGCAAUAUUAGGUUGUUGCUUCAGGCAAAUCGACAUUUGGAAGUUCAACCACGUGCAAUCAUGUAAGCCGUAUCGAGACUCAGGAAGAUGCUGGAAAAUUUUCGUAAAUACAAUUUUCUUCUUCCUCCUGCCAAUUGUGUGGUGCACAAAAUGCUGUACAAUUGGAACUGAUGAGAAAAUUGAUUCGGAUAAAUCAUUUUACAUAAAGCGUUCGGUUGUUCGUAAGGAAGGAUACAGCGAUGAGGACGAUGAUGAUGAUGAAGAGGAUGGCGAUGUUGAGAAAUGGAAACUUUUGCGACCAAACAUUCCAUCAUCUGAAUAUAGUUCCAUUUUUGAGCAGCACAAACGCUCGUCCGAGACAGUCUUUAAUGUGACAAAUUUGCCAAAUCCCUUCGAUGACAGUAGCAAUCACAGCUUGUAUGACGAUGAUGAAAUGUUUGCAAAAGACACAGAAUUUGUUGUGAAUGCCAUAAAUGAGAGUCACGAGUCAUUACGUAAGCUAAGCCAUCACAGCGAAGAAAUCAUCGUAAAUGAUGAGCGUUUUGAGACAGCCGAGAAAAUGGUAAAAGAAUUUUUGGCAUCACGAAUCGUUUAUCGACAUUUUAAUAAGCCUAUUGGAUCGGUAAAACUUAAUGAUGAGCAGUCGUAUACAAUUCGUGGAUACUUUAUUCCCGCACAAAGUACUGGAUAUCAAUUUAUCACUUAUAAUCCCAUUAAGCAAUUUUAUGAAAUAACAAGCACAAAUACACUCAUCGCAAUUGCACCACAAAAUCUACUCGAUUCGAAAGCUUUUCGUCGCUAUUAUGCAAACAAAAUUGACGUACUCGAGGCAAAUGAUUUAAGUCUUCGACCAUCAACAUCUGCGCCGUGCAUUAAUGUACUCGUACAAGACGCAUCCAUGAAGCAACAACUCUUCCAUUGCUUUACCGUCCAAGAAAUGUCACAAAUUAAAAAGUCAGCAUCAUUUCGAUCUCGUAUACCAGUCCGCAAAACAAGUCGAUUACAACAACGGAGAUGCUCCAGUCCACAAUUGUUGCUUGCAACAUCAUCGUCUACAUCGCGCAUAAGAAACAAAACGACACCAAAUCAUAGAAUAUUUCAUGAACGAUAUUAUUCAUCGUCGAGUUAUUCGAGUAGUGACGAGAGUAGUCACGAUCAGGAAGAGCCUAUACAGAUGCUACUAAAGAAAUCAACUGUUAUUGAUAAAAGCACUUUACCAAAUGAUCCAGCCGAUGCAAUGAGCUUAAAUGGGUUUCUCGAUAACGUGAGCUGCGAGAAUUUGUCGAGUCCGCACAGUCCACAAAUGAGAAUUAAUCGAUUACCACAGAACCAAGAUGACAUAUUCAUAGAGCAACAAAGAACUGUAGUUGUAGCUGCACAUUCAAGCUAUGAAUCACUUGAUAAAUUUAAUUCAACAUCCGAAACACUUAAAAUAACAGAUGAUUAUCAUUUGAAUAAACAAAACAUCAUUAGCAAUAUGAAUCGGAAUAUAUCAAGUGAAUACAGCAACAAUAAUAAUAAUAGUAUUAAUCAUAAAGCAACAGAGUUACAAAAUAUGACGCAGAAUAACAACAAAAAUAAUUACAUGUUGAUGAACAGCAUCGAUUAUAACAAUUCACUGAAAAAGAACAAAGACAACAAUAUCAUCAAUUACGAUCCAAAUGGUGGCAUUGAUGAUGAGAUUGAAGCAGCAUUAAAUAAGCAAAAGCAACUCAGUGAUUGGUAUUAUAUUAAAUCUAGUCCAAAACCGAAGCCUACAAGUCCAUAUGAGCGACGAAAAGUCAAUAAAGCACUGUCUGGAUCUAAUCAAAAAAUUGGAGUUCCAAUGCAACCGCCACUAUUGACACUUAAUGGAUCAUUUGAUAGACAAAAUUCAUCAACCGACCAAAUAAAUUACAUAAGUGAAAAUACAUUUGUACCGCUGCAAAAAUACAGAAGUAAUGACUACAUCGAUCCAUCAUCGCAGCUUCAAGUGAGCGAAUAUAUUGAAGAGAAAUCUCCACUUAAUACCUAUAAAUGCUUCAGCAUGAAAUACUCAAAAGAUCCAUCAGGAAAAUUUAUGGAAGUAUCUAAAUUCGGUGAAGUUACGUCGAGCAGCUUUGAGCACGUGAAUGUAACGGGAUUAUAUGAUAAUCGAUAUUCCGAGAGUGAUAUACGGAAUGAAGAUUAUGUACAAAGUUUGAGACUAGCUGCAGCUAAAAUGAGGCCAUUGCCUCAAGUGCCCAUGAUAAACAAACAGCAACAACAACUUAUUCAGAUAGAUGACUAUACAUGCUGUCCACAUUCGGUUUUGUGGUGCACUCGUGGAACUAUCUCUCCACGAACACCAAAACUCGAUAAGUGGCAAUUGCCAGAGCCAGAAUUACCCCUUGAGUCACAAUGGGUUGAUGGUGCUGGCGAUGGAUACUGGGAUCAGUGCUCACAAUGGCAUUAUCCAUCCAAAACACCACAGCCAAAACAAUCACAAGCAACCACACCAUCAUCAUAUCGUACAGAAUUAUCUGGAUCUUAUGCAUCGCUGGAUUGUCCGUCACCUCCAGGACCACCAAUUGUAUCCGAUAAGACACGCGAUCCACAAACGCGACUAGCAAUUUAUUUAAAAACUCUGUACAUAGAUCUUUCACUUAAAGAACCAAUUUUACCAUCGUGGGUACAUCCAGUGAUACCUGGAACACUCUGUCCGGCGAGAUUGGAACCUGAGUUGCGUUUAAGCAGCUUAUCACAUGGCCUUAAUGAAUGUAUAUCGAUAGAUCAAAUUCUUCAAGCAGUUCAUACCAAAGAUGGACCAUAUCUUGAGGCACCGAGACGAAUAUUUAUAGAGUGUCCCUCAUGGCUGGUAAAAAGUUCAUUAGCGUUAAGAAUAUUACAUAAUUGGGCGAGAGAUGCUCCAUGGCCUCAACGUGGUCAACCCGUAGCUUUAGCACUUUUUGUACCAUUAAGUGAAUUAAAAGGAACGUUACAUAAUUUUAUUAGUAAAGAAUUAAUAACGAAGAGUACACCAAAUCUAUUUUCGGGAUUUGGAGCCUUCAAUUCAGCAUGGAAUACAUUAGAGUCGUUAAAGGGAAAAUUACUUUUUGUACUCGAUAGUUAUGAUGCGACAUUGAUGAGGAGCAGUGGACGUAAUCGUAAAAAUAAGAGCACAUUCGAUGAUAUUAUUGACCUCCUAGAAGGAAAAUUAUUUCCAGAAUCUCGUAUUAUAUUAAUAGGAAAUACAUCACAAUGUCUUGAUUUAUUGCCGCUCAUGCAGCGACAUUUGAAAUAUGAGGGUAUUACAUGGGGUAGAUCAGCAUCUCUUCUCGGUGGUGGACAAUGGGGUGCACCUACUAGACUUUUAGAUAUUGUACAAAGUUCACUUUAUCUCCGUAAUGCUGUACGAACGCCAUUAGGAUGUUUAGCAAUUGCAUCGAUGUAUGAGACAAAUGGCGGUCAGUUACCGACCGAAGAAAUUGAUGUAAUUGAAGGCAUUAUCAAUUGUAUCGCUCCGGGUAUUCCACAUUCUCAUAUUGCUGAAUUAGGACGACUUGCAUUGUUUUGUCUCAAAACGAAACGUUCAGUCUUUUCAACAGCCGAAAUACGAAUGUAUUGUUCCGCGCCUGAAUCUCCAGUAAUUGGAUGCUUUGAAAAAUGUCAGCUAUUUGGCAAGACCGCAAAGAAGCGAGGAGAAUACUAUUAUGCACCGAUAUGCCAAGGAAUAUACGAGUUUUUGGCUGCAAACUAUUUAGUAUCAUUGGCUAAUCGUCCGGGACUGUUAGCAGCUGAAAUAACUGGUUUGAGCUUAGCUGAUGAGGUCGAAGCAGAUAUAUUAAAAGUUUUGAGAUUCUCAAUGAUAUUGCUCGGAAAUAGAGCACACGUUUUAUUAUCAAAACUAACAACGCUAUGGCUUAGUCCGCAAACAGUUUUCUCGCUUGCACUCGCUGGCGGUGAAACAGAAGCAAAUUUAAAUGCAUUAAGUGAUAUGCUUGGUAUAUCGAAAGUUCCACCAAUCUCGCCACUCGAAACGAAUCCAAUUUGGGUUUCGAUUACUUCAUCAAUUAAUGAAUUACAAGGAUGGGGUUUGGCACUCAAAUCACCAGUAUGUGCACUCAAAAAUCUCGAACUUAUGUAUCAAAUGGAGAAAACCAUUCAAUUAGAAUCACGUAAUGCACUCGACAUAUUUCUCGAUGCUCUCUCCCGUAAUGAAAGUGUAACUACAUUGAGAAUUUCGUCAUUGAUUGAAAAUGAUGUAAGGGAGAAUGACAUAAAUCAUUUAGCCGCAUGCAUAUCGAAGGCAUUGUUAAAGCCACGUUUGGAGAAUUUUGAAUUGAUAUUGACUUUGUUGGAAGAAGAUCCACCGGCUAUGAAAUUACAAUCUGUCGUAUCGGCAUUGUGUAAAUCUAUACCGCGUCAAACUAAAUUAGUUUCUGUACUUCUUGAUUUGGGAUUAUGUACGUCACAGCUUGUACAAAUUUGUGCAGCCCUUGAGAGAUGUCCCCAUAUUAAUAGAUUGUCAUUGCCACAUCUCAGAUGUGAACGGGGUGCAAUAAGUGCAUUAGCAAGUUUAUUAAAAAAUCGACCAUUAUCAUCGCUUGCAUUGCCAGCAUGUUGGGGAGCCCGUGACGAUCCUCCAUCAUCAUCUGGUGUAAGUAUGGGAUCGGGUAGUGGAAGUAGUAGUGGAAAUUCGGGUUUAAUAAAACAAGGAUCAUUAACGGGUGCACCAUCUCCAAGAGCAUAUCCACCCGGACUAUUUUCAUCAUUACCAAGAGGAUUACCACCAACUGCUACAUUAGGACGAUCUCAAACACUUCCAAGACAAUUAUUGGAAGGUCCUCCAGAUAAAAGGAGUCAAGAUUCUGUUAUAUCACGCACAUGGUAUCCAACACCAGCAUGUGAAGGAGGUCCACACAAUUCCGGUACACUUCAUGACUUAUUAUUUGCUGCAAGGGAACCGUACUCACGCCUACAUGGACUUGAUUUAAGUAAAGCGCAGUUAUCUUUAGAAGAUUCAAUGUGUUUAGGCGAAACGGUGAGAAUCAGCCCAACAUUGCAUUCAAUUAAAUUGGAAGGAGCAUCAAGACUGAGUGAAAUUUUGCCAACGGUAUUGGGAGCUGCAGAAUCACCCAGUUUACAAAUGCUGAGUCUCGGUUCACCUCGAUUAAUUUUAGAAGAUACAGCUAUUACAAUGUCAGCGAGAGCCUUAGGCAGUUGUAUUACAUUACGCCUACUCAGCCUCGACGGAUGGAGUUUUAAAUUUGAAAAUUUAUCGACUCUCGCACAAGUUCGAAUAUUUUUAUCGCUCACAUCCAUACGUGAAUUGGGCUUGUCAAAUUGUCGCAUUUAUUUGCCAAUGUUUAAUAGUGUACUGCAGAUGCCAUCUGAUGCUUACGAUUGUAAUUCCAUUGUUGUAUUAAAACUGUCUGGGACACAGAUUAUUCUCGGUGACCAAACUCCAUUACGUGGUCCACAACUUUUACCAUAUCUAGGUGGAUUUCACAAUUUAAGAGAAUUGGAUUUAUCAGCGCCAGCACGAUCGGGUUUGGGAAGUACGACAUCAGCUCCACCACUAAUUUUAGAUGAUAAAAGCCUCUCGACAUUCUUCCAACAAAUAAACCUAAAAUUCGGACUGCUAAAUACAUUGAAAAUAUGUAAUUGGAUUAUCCAUCUGGAUGAUGCAACAAAGACAUUCAAGGCGAUGGCAAAAGCAUUAAAAUCAUCAACAAUAAGCCACAUCAAAAUUGACGGUAUAUCGGUGUUAGAUAGGAAUAAAAAGCAUCGUGUAGAACCACAAUUUUUGCAUGCAUUGCUUUCAUCUGUACCACUAUUGCGUUGGAUAAGUGUUAGUUUAUCUGGUGUGAGUGAGGAGCAAAUGGCAUUUAUUGGAAAUUCAAUUGGAGAUAUAAAAUCAAAUGAGAUUGAUAUUAGAUUAAGCGACUCGACAAUUGAGAAUGUUCGUUUAAUGACCCAAUCAUUGAGUCUCGAUGGUAAAUUUGAUAUUCGUGUAUCGACAUUUGGAACAUCUUCAAAUAUAUUGGUGCAUGUUGAGAAAAUCGGAGUCAAAAGUUUGUCACGUAAGCACAAAGAUUAAAUUUUCCUUUUUUUCUUCAGAUGCUGCUCAACUUUUUCUUUUUUGUGUGUUUUUUGGCGAAACAAAAAAUGAGAGAAAAAUAUUCAAUUUAUUUUUUCGUUUAAUAUUCAACAAAUGCUUAUUACACAUAUAUUAUUUUAUGAGAUGAUAAAAAUAGAAAAUGAUUGGCAGAGGUGUUAUUUUGGAUGAUUUUUAAGGAAGUUUGUCAUAUUUUUUAUGAAGAAUUGGUUGAUAAUUAGACCAAGAGAGUCUUAUUUGACCUUGAUCAGUUUUAUGCGUUUUUAGGUGUCUUUUUUGAUCUUUAAGAGUCUCAUUUGACCCUUAAGAGUCUCAUUGGACCCCAAAGAGUCUC